AUGAUGCAUGAAGGGGACGAGGAAGGGGAAUUUACCUGGAUAGGUAAAAGAGGAGAAUCGAUAAUAGACUACGUAAUAGUAAACGGAUUAGCAGAAGAAGAGGUAGAAACAUUCAAGAUAGGAGAAAGAGUGGACUCCGAUCACAUGCAACUAGAAAUAAAAGUGAGGGGCAUAAGUAGAGGGAGCGGAUGCUUAAGGAAUGAAGUAGGAAAAGAGAAGAAGAUAUGGUGGAAGAAGCAUUUUAUGAAAGUGUUGAAUGGAAAGGAAGAGCGAAUUGUAGUGCAAGAUAGUAAAACCGGGAUUGGUGGUAGAGAAAGGGAAGCGGAGAUUCGAGUAGAGGAAGCAGGAAAACAAGUAGGAAGACUGAAAAGGGGAAAAGCACCGGGGAGGAAUGGGUUGGUAAACGAAGUGUGGAUAUUUGGAACGGAUGGGAUGAUUGAAAGAUUGAGCGAGUUAAUGAAUGAUGUGUGGACGGGUAAAGGUUUUCCCAGGGAAUGGAGAGUAGGACAAAUAUGCCCAAUUCCAAAAAAAGGUAGUAAAGAAAAAGUAGAGAAUUAUCGGGGAAUAACUCUUAUAAAUACGGCAUAUAAACUGUACGCAAUGGCGUUAAAUGAAAGAAGAGGUAGAGGGGCUAUGGACAAUGUAUAUAUCCUGCAUCAUCUAAUAGAAAAAGAGUUGCUAAAGGAAGGAGGUCGGGUAUAUGCACUGUUUGUAGACCUAAAAGCCGCGUUUGAUACGGUGGACAGAGAGUGUUUGUGGGAAUGCAUGGAAAGAAGAGGACUGAGUGAAAAGUUAGUUGUAGCAGCAAGAGAGAUUUAUAGAGAGACAGUGACUAGUUUUAAUAUCAGAGUCACAGAAAUGGAACAUUUUGAAAUGGAAUUGAGGUUAAGUAACACAGAAACACUUGGCAGAAGCGGAGGGCGCGGUUCCUAG